AUGCGGGCGGCGAUCGACCAGAUCUUGUCCUUUGUCCAAAUCGUGUUCGACAUCCAACAACGCACAUCUCAGUUCGUGCUUUUCUUCCUCGACACUGGCGUCCGGUUCCUGCGUUUCGACCGCUCUGGUGCCUUUGUCACCAAAAUGUUUGACUACGAGGCGGACCCGACCUAUCUCGUCGACUUUCUUUGGCGUCUUUCCCAUUCAAGACCUUCACAGAGGGGGCACGACGAUACGGCAGAACGGAUCGCGCACGACUCAGCUCUUGGACAGCAAAUGAGGGCGAUUGCUGAUAAGUUGCAAGUCUCCGCCGACCCGAGGUUCGACAUUGCCGACUACGCAAUCGAGCAGUUCAAAAACUCCCUCGACACGUCGUCGCCUUGGUGGCGCCUUACCGUGAAAGACGAGCUCGCGGACGAGGGCGCACAGCGGGAGUGGAGGUAUCUAGUCGGCAAACCCCAUUCCCUAUCUUCCGAGCUGUGCGGGCGCGGUUCACGAGGGUACGUCGCCCUCGACGCGGAUAGCUUGGACGCACCGAGAUUUGUAUACCUCAAGGAUACUUGGCGCGUCAGCUGGGAUGGCAUCGACAAGGAAGGCACGACACUCCGCAUCCUCAACGGACAGGACGUCCCCUUCAUCCCCACCGUCCUACAUCAUGGAGACCUCGAUCAAAUCGCCACCAUGCCCAAAAGUGUGGUCAAUACCCACCCCAAGACGUUCACGCACUACAGAAUGGUCGUGAAAGAAGUUGGAAGGCCUCUGAAGCACUUCAAGAAUAGCAAAGAGCUGAUCGGUAUCAUAGGGUCUUGUGUGACGGCACACUCCAAGGCGUAUGAGGCAGGAUAUAUUCAUGGGGAUAUCAGCGAGGGUAACAUCCUCAUAUACGCCGACGACAAGGGCCGUCGUUGCGGGCUUCUUAACGACUGGGAGCUAUCGAGACGCGUUGACGAACGCACUGGUGAGGCACCACGAGUCGAUCAGUUGGGAACGUGGACUUUCCUCUCGGUGCUUGCCAAGGACUUUCCGCGGAAAAGAAUCUCCGUCCAAGAUGAGCUGGAGUCGUUCUUCCACGUCAUCCUCUUCAUGUGCAUUCGACACCUUGCCCACAACGGUCAGGACACCCGCUUUCUCAUC